AUGCUUCAUGAUACAUCCAGCAUGGAGGACCUGGUGGGCCUUCACAACCUGGUGGCCAACACGGCCUACCUGAAGGCUCAGCACCUCGACCGCAGUGAGCUGAGGAAGCACAUGCUCAGCCUCACACUGCCAAGACCGAAGUCCCUUGCUCUCCAUGCAGCUGCAGAUAGUAGGUACGAGUCCCUGUGUGAGCAACAGCCUAUUGGGAGGAUACUGUUCCAACAGUUUCUCCAGACGUGCAACCCACAGUACGAGGUCGCCGCUAAGUUCCUGGAGGAGCUGAGCAUCUGGAGCUUUGCGGAUGAUGAAACCAAAGAGAAGGCCAAACAGAGCAUCCUGGCCAAGUACUGUCAACCUGAGUCCAGGCACUUUCUAUCCUUUCUCACAGGAGAGAAUGCAAAGAGAUGCAAGGAAUUAUCAUGCAAGAAUUUCGAUGAGACGAUGACGGACCAGUUGAAAGAAGCCGCAAGGGACUUCCUGAAGGGACAACCUUUCUGUGAAUACCUGAACAGCCCUUUCUUUUAUAAGUUCUUGCAGUGGAAGGAGUACGAAAAGCAGAAGAUCAGUGACAAAAACUUCUAUGAAUUUAGGACUUUGGGGAGAGGUGGCUUUGGUGAGGUGCGUGCAGUGCAGGUGAAGCUCACAGGACAAAUGUACGCCUGCAAGAAGCUGGACAAGAGGCAUCUGAAGAAGAAAGGCGGAAAUGGGCUUGCUCUCUUGGAGAAGCAGAUCCUGGAGAGGGUCAAUAGCCUCUUCAUCGUCAACCUGGCGUACGCUUAUGCCAACCGGACCCACCUGUGCCUGGUCAUGGACCUCAUGAACGGAGGGGACCUCAGAUUUCACAUCUACGAGCUUGGGGAGCGGGGCAUCCGCAUGGAGCGCGUUGUUUACUACGUGGCCCAGAUAACCCUAGGGAUCCUUCACCUGCACUCCAUGGACAUAGUGUACCGGGACAUGAAGCCCGAGAAUGUGCUGCUUGAUGGCAAAGGACAGUGUCGGCUGUCGGACCUCGGAUUGGCUGUGGAGUUGCCCAAAGGCAAAACGAUCUGCCAGAAGGCUGGUACGACUGGCUACAUGGCUCCUGAGGUUCUGAAGCAGGAGUAUUACAGGACAUCUGUGGACUGGUGGGCUCUGGGCUGCAGCAUCUAUGAGAUGGUGGCUGCCCGUUUGCCUUUCAGAGACUUCAGAGAGAAGGUGCAGAACACCGAGGUGACUCGUCGCGCUAUGGAGGAUGACUGCAAGUUUGAACACAAACAUUUUGAUGCCGCAACCAAAGAUAUCAUCAGCCACUUCCUCAAGAGGAAGGUAGAGCAUCGUCUCGGGUGUCGUGAUAGCGACCCACGAAGCCAUGUGUUUUUCCAGAACAUCAAUUUCCGCCGCUUGGAGGCGGGGCUGUUGGACCCCCCAUGGGUGCCAAAGUCCAACGUGGUCUACACCAGGGACACAGACAAGUUCGUGGACACCUCCGAGGUCCAGGACGUCGAAUUUGACGCCAAGGACGAAACAUUUUUCAUGGCGUUCAGCACAGGUGCAGUCUCGAUCCAGUGGCAGAAGGAGAUGAUUGAAAGCGGAGUGUUCGACCAGCUGAACGACCUCGGGCCCAAUGGACACAACUGUGGGCGCAUGUGGACGUCCAGGAUGUGCGUCAUAUGUUAGACGUCUCAUCACCUGACUGACAUGUGGUGAUGGACCAAACAACAGUGGUUUGGAAUACUUGAAGUGAAGUGCCUGGAUAUUGGACUGCAUUAUGCAUUAGGGAAGAUGAGGCCUUUUAAACAUAUAUAUAAACAGGUUUUGCCCUGAAGAUGAAUCAUCCUUAAGUUUACUCAAACAAAUUAAGUCACACGUAUUAUCCUGUCACAGCCAAACAUGAUUGGACGAUCGCUAUCUCAGUCUUAAAGAAAUUGUUGUCAGUCUUAUGCCUGGAUGGAAACUCAUGCUGACAUUGUGCUGGAUGGGCCGGUUUAUACUUUGCCCUCUAUUCCUGGUGAGACAGCAGACCCCGGUGCAUUCAUAGUUUCCAUUACAUAACUCAGCCAUGUUGGCAGGACCAAGUCUUUACAUGUGUUUGUAAACAGACCCAAUCAUGGCCUUGUGUGGCUGAUCAGCAGCAAGAUUAUGAUCAGUAUGUGCGGUAAUGUGCCACGUUUGUUAGAAAGACUGAAAGUGUCACAGAAAUUCUGGGAAUGCCUCUGGCUCAGACGACUGGACAGUGUCAUGUGACCUCAGUGCUGGAGCCUGUGAAGUCUUUUCAGUAGCACACAUUCACCACUAAGUGCCGCCACACUCCCAUGGAGUGCAUUCAGUGUCCCGCAGUGCUCCUCAUCAUACACCAUCGUCGGGACCAUGUGCUGUGCUCAGUUAUUUACAAGCACCGGAUGACUCGUUUAGGUUUAACAAGGGGGUGCUGUGAGACAAAUUGUCGUAUACACAUUGUUUCUCCACUAGAAAAAAAAAAAAAAUGCUAAAAUAGAAUUUUUGGCAUUAAAAAGACAAUGCCAACAUCCCCCCCCCACCCCCACCCAGUGUUUACAAGCUAUGCACAACCCAUAACCAAGAGACGUUAGCAACUCACAACACAGCAACAACAAACAACAUAGUGUGUUUGUGAAAAGCUUUUUGGCCUCCACAGAUGCUCAUAAAGUUCUCGUAUACAUAUGGAUGUAUGUUACUUAAUUAAAGCCCCAGGUAGUGGGAGACAUGUCUACUAUUGGCAUAUCUUUGUCAAAAACUUGUGUUGGAUUUUACUUUUUAUAUUUCCAGAUAUAUGACAGUGACUAGUUAAUCUUUCCUUUCUAAAGUAAGGAGAUUGAUUUUCUCUUGCUUUAUUAAACUUUUGCCUUAAUUUAACAGUGAGCUAUGAGGACAGUUGGAAAGAGAGAAGAGAAACAACAUGUGACAAAGAGCCCCGGUGAAGGACUUAAAUCAAAGACGCUAUAAUAUCAUGGUCAGUGUGCAGUGACCUCUGAGCUACCUGGGUGCUAUUCCUAAGUCUUCUAUGAAGAUUUGUUGAUGACUGUAAAGCAUGUCUUUGUAGUUGUACUCAGUACUCUUACAAAGCUACUGAUUACAAAGCUGCAUUGUAAUCAGUAGUGCCAAUAGUAUUUUGUCAUAUAUAAAUAUAAUCUAAUACUGAUGACAUUAUGUAAUAUUUUGACAUUUAAUUUAUUUUUACAGUGUUUUUGUGAUAAUUCCUCAUGUAUUUUUUAAGUAUUUCAUUCCAUGUGGUUUGUAUGUUUCCCAUGUUUGUGUGU